AUGCCUAAGAAGAAGACAGGUCAGAGAAAAAAAGCUGAAAAACAGCGCGAGCUGCAGAAGAAAAUUCGGAGUGGAGAGAGGCCUCUCGCAGAGCAUCCAUGCAACACACAAAUGCAAUGUGAUCAAUGCCUUCGUGAUCAAAAAAGCCGAGCUUUCUGCUAUUUCUGUGCCUCCAUUUCCAAACUGCCCUCUUGUGCUCAGUGCGGUAAACAAAAAUGUAUGGCGAAAACAGGAGAUUGUGUCAUAAAACAUCCAGGAAAAUUCACUACA